AUGAUUGACGACCGUAUAAACGAAUCUUACUUGUCCGCUGAAGUUGCUCAAGUGCCUGAAUCGGUCUCGCAUCGCGUGAUGUCGCAUUACUGUGUGGACAUUCAAGAUCAGGCACCGCCUCGGCCAGCCAGCCUGUCUCUCCGGUUUGAUAGCAGCUCAAACAACUAUGUCGAUCUCAAAUCUCACCAAAUUUCCCGAGGUUAUCAUUCAGUAAAAAGAUCUGAUAGCAUGGAUCGUGACAAAGUCAUCGGGCAACUUGAAAAUAACGGCUCCACCCCUAUGACUCCAACCAGUUUUUUAAAUCCAAAGGAAAUAACCGCAGAGCAAGAACAAUUUGCUGAGCAACUUACAAAGACUAUUGACAAAAUAAAGAGUGAGCGGGAAGGGUCGCUAGUCGAAGAAAUUCAUCUUCAGCAUCAUCCUUCCUCGAACACUUCGCCUGGUUACGCUCCGACUGAUCGUGUCACAAAUCCACCUACACCUUCGCCGCAAGCCACACAGGCCAUCCGCGUUAAACUCGGUGACGAUGAAACCGAUGGUGCUGCAACCGCAGGCACGGUACCCUCGAGUCCGAUGUUGCUCUCUGAUGUUGCUUCGAUCCACACCGCUUUUUCCAUGGCGCCCGCCCCGAGCAUUUGUACUAACCCCUCCGCUGCCGUCGCAGCCGCUUUGCACAACCUCCGCGCUCAGGACGGUGGCACCACCGGUUCUCCCCCCUCCACCACUGGUGACUCCACUUCCCCCUCUUCGCCUUCGUUGGAGAAUCCGACGGUGGCCAACCGGUACCCUAACGUCACCACCGCCGCUGCCAUCAAUAACCGGUAUCCUAGUCUGUCGCUUCCUCCACUGAGGACCGAUGUGGCGGACGGUGGUGGUGGUGGUGGCGGAGGAAAUACUUACGCCUCAGUUGGUCUUGCUGAUAUUUUGGUCGGUUCGGCAGAGGAUCCUGUCCCACCAACUCCGGUCGGGGGUGCUAGCGCUUUGGCCGACCUCACCGCCGCUGUCACCGGACAAGUGAUUGUCAAUCCCACUACAGAUGGAUUCUUACAUCUCUUUCAUCACUCUACCGAUCAGGAAGAGGAAGAGGCGGAGGUCCUACGUCCACAGCAGAAUGAAUCAUCAUCGUACGUGUGUGUGUGCGUAUGCAUGACUCACACUGACGACUCCCCACUCACGUACACGCGCGCUUCUCUCUUCCCUCCCACCCAGACGCAAAAGCCAAAUCCCCUGAUGGACCCGAAUGGCUCUCGUGGGAGCGGUGCUUUGAGCCAACGCCACCUGACAAACCUAGUUUCCUACGACAGCCAUAGCCUCGCACACCCGCGACAACUGCAUGACUACAUUCCCUCGAACAUGGCAAGCUCGUACACCAGCGAGGAUCAGCAGCAACAGCAAGAGAGCAUGAUGCUUCCACAGAAGCGGUCCCUCUCCAGCACGACUUCGAUGACUCCGCCUCCCUCCACCGUGAAACGCAGUCGUCGGCGCCACGAGCCGACCAUCGCUGCUGCUCAAGCGCUCAUUAAUGCCACUUCCAAUAGCAUGGGGCAGCUCUCUUAUGCUCCCACCGAUGUGGCAAAUAUGGUGGGAUUGAAGAUGGAGGACAGACCCGUAACCCAUCAACCCAUUCAGCCGGCGGUCAAUACAACAAGUAACGCAGGAAGUGGACGCAGAGUAGGUGUGCCUACCGCUGGGGGUCAGCUGACCUCUCAGUCGAUGCCCAUCACGUAUGAGUCGCAGCCGAUCAGUCGACCUGACGCAUCCCUCGCGUCUAUGGAGGAGGAGAUGUGCUCUGACCCUUCAAUGCUGAAGAUAGAAAAGAAGCGAGCGCGCAACCGCCUAGCAGCACGUCGAUGUCGUGAGAGGAAGGUGAAUCGAAUUGCGACUCUAGAAAGUGAAGUAGCAAUGUUGAACACGUAUGUGGAGCAGCUGCGUAGUCAGUUAGAAACUGCUCAAAAGGAGGCGAAUCAGUUGAGGCUCUACCUGGAGCAGUUGUCCGAGUCAUAUCCCGGUCUGCAGGAUAAGCUAAAAUCCCUCAUUCAGCCGACAUCGCAAGUCGUGCCACCCUCCUCCAGCCUUCAUCCGCCUCCACCACUGCCUGAGUCAUAG